GCUAAAGAGCUAACGGCACUCGAAUUAAAAGGUGGCUUGAAUUAUGUAGUAUUCAAUUUGCAAGCUUUAAGUUUUUACACUGAGAUCGAAAAAUUACGCAAUGGCAAAAUUAUAAGUUCUUCAAAAAUUCAAGCACUUAACCCGUUUAUACACCAGUCUGAGGGUAUAGAAAUAAUUCGUGUAGGUGGCAGGCUGUCUAGGGCCAAAUGUACCAUUUAACACCAAACACCAAAUGCUUUUACCAAAUAAUCAUAUUGUUAUAAAAUCAUUGUUUGAAUAUACGCAUCGAAGCAACAUGCAUGUCGGAGGACAAGCGUUAUGUACUUUUGUGCGACAGCGUUUUUGGGUCAUCAAUGCUAGAAAACUAGCUCGCAGCACGGCCGAGUGCAGCAAGGAGUGAAGGCCUUUGAACGUACUGGACUCGACUACGCUGGACCGCUAUGGAUGCACUUCAACCAAAGAGGACGGCGGCCUAUCAAGGUUUAUCUGUGCGUUUUUGUAUGCUUUUUGAGCAAGGCUUGUCAUCUAGAGCUUGUUCCAGACCUGAGCACAAACGCAUUUAUAGCCGCACUCAAACGAUUUUUUGCUCGUCGUGGGAUCAGCGCAGAGCUGUUUUGUGAUAAUGCCACCAAUUUUGUUGGUGCUUCACGGGAGCUGAAGGCGAUAACGGAUUUGAUCUGGAAUGACAGUGGCAAGCAACAAAUUGUGGAUCAGUGCAGCCAACUCGGUGUCAGUUUCCAUUUUAUCCCACCCCGAUCGCCGCAUUUUGGAGGACUAUGGGAGAGCGCGGUGAAAGUAGCGAAGCAAUUGUUGGUGCGAAGUUUCAAUAGCAUAGCGCUUAACUACGAGGAAUUGGUCACAGCGAUAGCACAAGCAGAGGUAGUGAUGAACUCACGACCGCUACACCCACUUUCGUCGGACAGUAAUGACUACGAGGCAUUGACGCCGGGUCUUUUCUUAAUUGGUCGACCAUUGAACUGCAUGCCUGAGCCAUUUGAUGAGGACAUUUUGAAGUUAUCUGCUACUAAUCGAUGGAAAAGAAUCGUCGCAGUACACCAUGCAUUUUGGAGACGCUGGUCGCUGGAGUAUUUGACGUUGUUGCAGGAGCGAAGCAAGUGGUCUUCGGUAUGCAACAACAUUCAACCAGGCAUUUUGGUCUUAAUUGGAGAAGACAAGAUACCGCCAGGACAAUGGGCUCUGGGUCGCGUACAUCAAGUUCAUCCUGGCACUGAUGGUGUAGUUCGUGUAGUCACCAUAAAAACCAAAUCAGGAUUGUACAAGCGCAACAUACACAAGAUCUGCCCGUUACCGAUUGGAGACAAAGAGUAAAAUGGUUGGAAGGAGCUUCCAAGGCCGGGAGUAUGUUUACGCCAAAUUAGCGCAAAAGGCUUAUGGCCGGGAGCAAUUAG